AUGUCGUGCUUACUAGUAGCGGUAGUCCUCUGCGUCUGCAGUGUUACGGCGGCAACCGAAGUUGGCUGGUGGGAAUCCGCAGCGCUCUACCAGAUCUACCCUCGCUCCUUUAUGGAUAGUGACGGCGACGGUAUAGGUGAUCUGAAUGGCAUCACGUCUCGUCUUGAAUUGCUGAAGGAACUUGGCAUCACCGCUACGUGGCUUUCGCCUAUCUACGAGUCACCGAUGGCGGAUAUGGGCUACGAUGUAUCCAAUUUCACCAAGGUGGACCCGAUAUUUGGCACAUUGGACGAUUUUGAUGCAAUGAUUGCAAAGGCGCAUCAAUUGGGAAUAAAAAUUAUUAUGGAUUUUGUACCGAAUCAUUCCAGCGAUGAGUGCGAGUGGUUCGAAAAGUCGGUACGGCGUGAAGAUGGCUACGAUGAUUUUUAUGUUUGGGCUGAUCCUAAAAUCGAUCCAGAAACGGGUGAGCGUCAGAAGCCAAGCAAUUGGGAGGGCUUUGGAGGUUCCGUAUGGGAAUGGAAUGAAGUACGCCAGCAAUAUUAUUUGCACCGUUUUCUAACCAAGCAACCCGACUUAAACCUCACCAAUCCAAUGGUGCAUCAAUAUUUGGCCGAGGCCUUAGAUUGGCUAGAUCGUGGUGUGGACUCAUUUCGCGUUGAUGCCGUGCAUUGCUUUUUUGAGACGCGUUACGAAAACGGCACUUUUCCAGACGAGACCAGGAGAGAAGAGUAUACAGAUUAUUUACCACAAAAUCGCGAAAUGUUAUACGAAUGGCGUGCGUUGUUAGACGAAUACACAGAAAAACAUGGCGGUGAUACUAGAAUCCAAUUAGCAGAGUCAUUUGGGAGCAUGAAUAGUUUGAGCGAGUAUAUUUCGAAUGGAACCCACGUUGGUAGCCAGAUGCCAAUGAAUUUCAAUUUAAUUCAGGUUCGUGCCUCAACCACUGCAACUCAACUGGAAACGUCCAUCAAAUCGUGGAUGGAUGUUAUGUGGACUCAGCACAAAGAGGCCAAUUGGCACGUAGGAAACCAUGAUCAAAGCCGCCCAGCUACACACAUAGGUGUGGAAAAGAAGGAUGCGAUGACGAUGUUGGUGCAGGCAUUGCCCGGCGCAUCUGUUGUUUAUAACGGCGAUGAAAUUGGCAUGACUGAUUUGGACACAGGCGCUGGUAAUUCCCGAGAUGCACAGCGUUCGCCAAUGCAAUGGGACACAUCAAAGAAUGCCGGAUUCAGUACAGGCAACUCAACUUGGCUGGCUGUAAAUUCUAACUCCAACUAUCUCAACGAACAAACUCAACGGGGUGUGGCACGCAGCACUUUGAAUAUACUAAAGGCAAUGAUCAAACUGAGGCAAACUGCUGCCUUUAAGGCAGUCAAGGAGGAUGGUGGCUUUUCACAUGGCGCUCUGAAAACACAAGUCUUUCAGGUUGUAAGAACCGCUGCUGGCGUCGAAGAGUACCGUUUUUUGGCCAAUUUGGGUAACCAAAUAGAAUACUUAGACGGAUUGGCCAACAAGACUGUGGACUAUGUGGUGCUCAAUUCAUAUUCACCACACAAUUACGGUGACAAAGUUGACCUAAGCAAACGAAUUUAUUUGAUGCCCUAUGAAGCAGUUGUUCUGCGGUGGAUUGCUUAGAGUGCUCGCAUGCUAAUAAAGCCGGUGAUCUGAUUAAUAUUUUUGAUUAUAGCUAAUGCUUAUGUAUGUGUAUGUAUGUUGUGACAGAUUAAACAAAAAAAUUCAAGAUAACAGAAA